CUAUUAAAAAAUGGAUAUAGUCCAAUUGACGCAUGGCGGGAAAAUUUCUUUUAAAAACACUGAUGAGAAGUUGACAAACUAUCAUUUUCCAGACUAAGCUGCCUUGACCCCCCUGACUUUGGUUACUUCAGUUAGAAUAUCGAAAAACUAGAUCUGAUAGAACAUUCUAGAACAUUCUAUAGAAGAAUGGCGGGAAUUGAACAAUCUUUAGUUAAAGAAUUACAAGUUGUAAUGUCUAUGUUGGAAUGGCAACAGGAUAUAUAUAAGUAUAUCACAGAGAAUAAUCCCACUACCGGGAAUCUGGUAUGGGUAUAUCAUAAUGGUGGAACCAGAGUGGAAGAUGAAAUAUCUUGGUUUAGAAGAUACCUUCUGUCUACAAAAGAUGCUGUAUAUUACGACAAUGGAGUAUAUGGGAACACAGGAACCAAAGCUUUGCACAGAAGAAUGGAAGUUCAGACUAACGAUAUAAAGUAUCGAUAUUCUAAAGAAGAAUUUGUUAUAAUGAAUGUGAAAGAUUCAUCUAAUAUAAACUAUGUAAUACUGGAAGCUUUAAAGGAUGGAAUAUACUUUAGUCCUAAGUGGCAAAGUUGUACGAGGAUGUUUCCAACUCCUCAUGUUAUUGUAUUUUCAAGGAAAAUGCCAGAUGAAAACUUUUUUCCUAGUUAUAAAUAUAAAGUUUUUACUAUAUAAUAAAAUGUAUCAUGUAUUUUAUUAUUUAUU